ACCUUGCAUUCUUGCAACAUUACAGAAAAAAUAUGACUGGCCACAAAUAACAAGUAACGUCAAACACUGCUGAUGUUUAUUUUUAUUAUAAAAUUAUCAAUAAUUUAAUUUCUUCAUGGCUAAUUCGUUCAUGAUUAUCAAAUUAAAUAAAUUAGAUGUUAAAUAGCGAGUGUUAUAAGCAAAAAUGUCGACGGAAUCGGAAGAAAACGGGGUCCAUAUUGGGUCUGUCGACGUCAGUGAAAAAGUGAAAGAAAAUGGUUUAUUAGUGGGAGAAAAUAUUUGUGAUUCCGGUGUAGAUACUUUAGACACGAGCUCUGCUGCAUUCCCAGCUUCUGAUUCCGAUAUUUCUCCGAUUAAAAAUAUUACAAGUGAUGAUUUAGGUCAUGGGUCUUCGACUGGUAGUUUGUCUAACGAGAGCAGUCUUUCGAGCCCAGGGUCUGAUGAGGGGGCCAUAGAUAACUUAAACUUCGAAUUCCCCCAACAAACACACGCGGAUUUCGCCAAAGAGUUGAUAAUAAACUGCAUAGACAACAUGACCAUCAGUGAAAAACAAGAAAAAUGUGAUGAUAAACUUGAAAUAAAUGAUUUAAAACAACAAGAAUGUUAUGACAAUAGCAAUAAGAAACUGACCACUUCGACAAUAAGUUUGAACGAUAAUCAGUGUACUGACAAUGUGAUUUGCAAAUCUCCCUUCAGCAAGAGCGCUGAAAACAUCACAAAUGUAACUUUUGACAAACAGAAUGAAAAUACUAGUCUUAAUAAAAGCGACAAAGAAUUAAAUGCAGAUAAAAUCCUUUCACAAUUCUCUAGCCAAAAAACUAAAGCUAGUGCUGUACAGAAAAUUCCGGAAACUGUAACUAACGUAGAUCCGAAAUACUCAAGGAUACCAAAGGAACUAUUAUCACAGGACAUUGGCAGCAUAGUCAAGAAUGUACAUGGAAUUUUCUCAUCAGUAAGCGGCAGCUUAAAGAGUGCGUACACACACCGAACAGCCUAUGCCCAGAAACCAGCAAAAUCCACCAAAAAUUUACCCAAUGGCAAACUAAUGAAUGAUAUAUUUGAAGAUGAGAGUACAGACAUAAAAACUGAUGUCAUAGAAAAACCGGAGAUUACAGAUUUCAAAGAAAAUAUACCAAAUUCUAAUUCUAACAUAGACUCGGUACUAAAAUCAAUGGAUUCAGAUAGUUCGGACUCUACGGAUGCAAAGAAAGAUAUUUUGCGGCUACAAAUAGAGUCUUUGGAAAGACUUCUAGCUGAACAGAGAAAGGAGAAUGUGUCAUUACGAGAGAGAGUGAAACAGCAAUGUGAUGAUUUGCAGCAAAAAGAUAUGACGUUUAAGGAAUUGGAGGUUAAACUGGAUAUGAUGGGUAAACGUGUGGACCACGCUGAAAGGGAGAAGGAUGCAGCCGUGAUGAGGUAUGCCAGCGUCGAAUGCGCGGCCAUUGAGGCUAAGAGGUCGGCGGAGAACGCUGCCAAGGCCGAGAAGGCUGCUCAGGCUGAAGUGGAACUGCUGAACGGCAAGCUCAAGUCUGCAGCCGCUGAGAAACAUAGGAUCUGUCAGCUGUAUGAUGAUAAGUGCCACGAGCUGAUGACCAGCGAACGAGAGCUGGCCAAAGUCAGGGAAGAUAUGCGCGAACUGGACGGACGACUAAAGUGGACGCAGAGCAAGUUGAGGGUCGAAAUGGAUGCUUAUAAGGUACCUAGAACCCUCUGUUUAUCAAUAUCGUGUCACAAAUCAGAGCUAAAAGAGAGUCAAGCAGCGUUAAUACUCUGUCGCCAUGAACGAGACGAACUAGAUCGCAAGCUGACAUCUAUGACGCAACAGUUGGACACUUGUGUGAAGGAAAGAGACAACGCUACUGCCGCGCUCGCUCGCACUAGCGCUGAGGUAGAAGAAUUAAAAGAGAGUAAUCUGCGCUUGGAAGAAGAGGCGGCGGAGUUAGCGGCACUACGAGCUAAAGCAGCCCUAGCUGAUACACUCAGCGCACAGCUCGAAAGGGAGUCGUCCCGCGCGACGCAGGCGGAGGAGGCGCUGGCGGUGGAGCGCGGCGUGGCGGAGACGUGCGGCCGGCGCGAGGCCGCCGCGCUCGCCCACGCCGCCUCGCUCACGGCCGCGCACGUCGCGCUCUCCGCCGCGCACGGCCGCAGGGACGCUGAGGCGCGGGCCCUCGCCGCAGACAACGCGUCGCUCCGGGAACAAGUGACCUCCCUAGAGACAGAGUGCGCCAGGCUACAGGCUGCACUCACUGACGAAACAGACAGGAGGAACAAGGAGAACAGGGUGCUGGCCAGGAAGGUAGCGGAGUUAACAGAAGAGGUGUCAGAAGCGAACAAGAAGCUGGAAUGGGAGAAGGGGGAGAAUAAUGUACUCAAGAAGAAACACGCUAGUGCCAUAAAAGAACUGAACCGUGAACUACAGCGGGCAGUGAAGCGAUGCGAGCAGUUAGAAGCUAAGCUGCCUCAACAAUUAGCACCGAAUACAAGGACAGGUUCGAUUUCGUCGCUAAGUAGUGGGGAGAGCGCCCCCCACGAGGACAGACUGCAGAAUGGACACAGCGACGCAUUGCCUGAUAUACAGGUCCGCGAACCAGACCGCCAGACACUGAUAGAGCGUAUAGUCUCCUUGCAACGCGCCGCCGCCCGUCGCGCAGAGCGAUGUGACUUCUUAGAGGAGCAUUCUAAGCAAUUGACCGCUGAACUACGGACUAAAGCGAGGUUGUUAAGGCAUUUGCUCUGUGAAUUACCUGCUGGAGCCGUCGGGUCUAGUCGCCGUGAUGAUAAUAAGAAAGAGAUAGCGCGACUAGGCGGCGGUGCAAUGGCGGCCGUUUGGGGCGGGGACCCGGGCGGCAUUACUGCUGAGCUGUCUCUGGAGAUGAACAGACGUCUCCAAGCCGUGCUCGAAGAUACACUGCUUAAGAAUAUCACGCUUAAGGAAAACAUGGACACGCUCGGCGCCGAAAUAUCUCGACUAAAAGAACAAUUGAAAUCUUACGAAAAUAAAUAAAUUAAACUAAAUUAAUGUUUACUUGUAAAUGUAUAAAAUUUAAGUUUUAAUCUUAUGUACGGUUGUUGUGCGAAAACUUUCAAAAUAUAAUAAAAAAUUAUAUUUUACUCACGUAGCUGUUUGAUGAGGUACCUCGAUUGGUUUCGAGUCACGAUGGGGGCCCAUAGUCGUUAUCAGUAUUGCGCGACGAACCAUAAUUAAUUUAAAUAUACACAAAAGAAAUAAUUUAUGUUUGAGUUUUAAAAAAGGAUAAUUUUAUUAAAAACA